ACAGUAGGGCCCUCUUGGCUUGGCACUAAGCAACGGCAGAGUUCCUGGAGCCUCAAGAGGCAUUGAGAUCGAUCAUCUACGCUUAUUGGCUCAGUCGGUGCUGCGAGCUAAUGUCGUGGCGGCGUUAGUUUUCCAAGCAAGGCCCGGCCAUUGAUACGAGCCACCGGGGCCAGAUGCUGCCAGAUCACUGUACCUGCGUCCAUCUGAUAACCUUGAGAGUUCUGGAGUCAUGUACGAGUAUGCGAGAGGUUGUCACAGGAGGCUCUUAGUGAGAGGUUCUUGUAACAGACAUCUUUACCAACAUCUUGUCAGUUUCUCAAACUUCUCUCAAGACCAUUGCCCUUCUAUCCCGCUAUUCUCUGCUCUUCUAUAUUACCAUUGUAUCAUGUGUCCCUGUGUUUUUCACCUUUCUUUUUAUGAUGCUACGUGCCGUGCAUGUAUUUUAUAAGGUGGCUGGGUAUUUCUCGUCUCUCCCGUCACCCUCUCUUCCAUCUCAUCCAUCGCCCAUCACUCGCUAUACCCUUGCUGCAGGAAAAUGCUCCCCCCAAACAGACCAGGGCCAUCCUUGACUCCAGCCUCACCCGACAAAAGUCCAUUACUACCUCUACUUCUUCGACAUAUACCUGUUAUUUACCAGUCCCUGUCGAUUCCCUAUCACCACCCCCUCAAAUCUCAUCUCGGGCUCGACCGACCCCCAGCAAGAUGGAGAUGGCACUACUGCACUUGCUUCCAGGGUUUCUGGUUGGUGAAAGAUGGCGAAAAGCACAUCAAUGGAUCGCGUCAAGUACAUACGCGGGCAGGACGAUGAUGCCACAUGAGCAGUCCAUCCAUGCAUGUAUGUACUCGUAUGUAUGUACCUUCUUUCACCGACUCUUCUUAUACCAACCACUCCCUUGUUGGGAGGCUCCUCUUAGUCUUAACCCAUCGGCCGCUAUUUGCUACUCGCAAUGCGUCCUUAUCCAAUACUCAAUGCCGGUCAAUGCAUGCAGUGCGGACACUAGACUCAACUUUCAGCUAAGAGAAGGACUUGCAUGUCACCAAAAAGAUCGGGGUCACCAAAAACUGGGGGAAUACGAGAAGUGAGAGAAAAUCCUUGGGAGCGAUCUCGCUACCCGCAAAAAAAGAACACCAUUGUGUGCUUCUUAUCUUAUGUUGUUGGUUCACGACACAGCGCGCCAACGCUAGGAAAGUUUUCUAGUCGGAACUUGCCGGCUAAGGGAGAGAAGGUUUUUAUCG